UUAAGACGCGAAGGGUUUGCUGGUGUGAAUGUGUGUGUCUUGAGUGCGUUCACGCAGUCAGGAAGAGCCGCGCAGAGAAUCAGACACACAAACAGAGUCGCCAGCAGCAGUAAUGAAUGGAGCUUGAGCCACAGGCGGCUGGAUAUUGACGAUAAACGCGUCUUGAGCUCGAACAACUGGCCGUCGGGGUUUUUCUGUUGAAAUGUUUCGGUAGUAGCGCAAGGGGAGUUUGAGAUUGUGCUCAGAGAUGUCACAGAAACCAGACUCGCCCAGAGAGUAACAAACCACACAUACCUGAGCAGACAGGUGGCCACCCCACCCCCUACACAACACCAGGCUGGACUCCAAAGCAUAUAUUAGGAGGAUUUGAGUUGGUGUGCGUUACAAGCAAAACUACGCAGACACAACCGGGUCCGUCUUAUAUAACCGAGGAAGCUCUCCUGCAUCAGAAGUGUCAUCCACAGUCUUUCACAUUCUGGUGGUUCAAGCAGCUCCUGUCCUGCCUGACCGGUGGUGGUGUUGGUCAGACAGCGGGCAGUGCCAUGACCCAGGCGUAAGUGCGUGUCUCCUGGCAGACUCAGGCGUGGUGGGCCGCCGGUGGGCGUCUGGCUGCGGGAGGUGAUGAAGCUGAAGCAGCGUGUGGUGGUGCUGUGCGCUGUGCUCUUUCUCCUCGGCCUGGCUAAGGUCUUCCUGCUGGAUGGAGGAGAGGGAUCGGCCGCCAGUCGCCGCGACCUCCGGGCCUUCCGCAAGAUGGAAGCCAGCCUGGCCCUGGCCAAAGGAGCUCGGCUCACGCACACCUUGCAGUCGCCCUGGGAAGUGGCCGCCCAGUGGGUGGGACCACGGGAGGUGUACCCAGACGAGACGCCCGAGCUAGCCGCUGUGCUGAACGCCCUGGCCACCGCUCGCGUGGAGAGGGCCGACGUGGGCUACAAAGGCACCCAGCUGAAAGCCCUCCUGGUGCUCGACGGAGGACAGAAAGUGGUAUUCAAACCCAAGAGGUACUCUAGAGAUUAUGUGGUCGAAGGAGAGCCAUACGCAGGGUACGAUCGACAUAAUGCAGAAAUUGCUGCUUUCCACUUGGAUAGGAUCCUGGGUUUUAGAAGAGCGCCCCUUGUGGUGGGGAGGUUCAUGAAUCUACGCACAGAGAUCAAGCCAGUAGCUACAGAUCAACUGCUGAGCACUUUCCUUAUGCAUGGAAAUAAUACUUGUUUCUAUGGAAAGUGUUACUACUGCCGUGAAACUGAGCCUGCAUGUGCAGAGGGUGAUGUAAUGGAGGGAUCAGUUACCCUUUGGCUCCCUGACGUCUGGCCCUUACAAAAACACAGACACCCAUGGGGACGGACAUACCGAGAGGGCAAACUGGCCAGGUGGGAGUAUGAUGAGAGCUACUGCGAGGCCGUGAAGAAAAUGCCUCCUUACGAUGCCGGUCCACGACUCCUGGAUGUUAUCGACACAGCCAUCUUCGAUUACCUUAUCGGUAAUGCUGAUCGCCAUCACUAUGAGAGUUUCCAAGACGAUGGAGGAGCCAGUAUGCUCAUCCUUCUGGACAACGCCAAAAGUUUUGGGAACCCAGGUCUGGACGAGAGGAGUAUUCUCGCCCCUCUUUAUCAGUGUUGCAUGGUCCGUGUUUCCACCUGGAACAGGCUAAAUCUGCUGAAAGGUGGAGCGUUGAGUUCAGUGAUGCGACAGGCCACGGCCCACGAUCCCGCCUUCCCGGUGCUGACGGGGCCGCAUCUCGCCGCGCUCGACCGCCGUCUUAACGGAGUGCUGGCCACCGUGCGGCAGUGCAUGGAGACGCAGGGCGCCGACAACACGCUGAUCGAGGACCGCAUGAACCUGCCUCAUCCUUAAACACACUGGAAAAGCAAGCGAAGUGAAAAUGUGUUUGACUCUUAAUGCACAGGCUCCUGGAGCCAGAAAACCAGAGGCCACAAGAAGCCUUAAGAGCCAGCCGGAGUUUGUUUUUCACUGGAUUCAUUCAAGUCAGAACGCAGAGGCCGAGAAGACUCUCCAUAUUGUUUUGUCUUGCUCUCCGGAUGGAGCGAGGAGGCGUUGACAGCAUGUAGGUGGACUACACUUCAUCUAUUUCCUGUUUUUGUUUUUCGUUUCGGUUCGCACUUUUUAUUUUUGCCAUCAAAGUCUGUUUGCAGGAAGAUGGGUGAACAGUUUUACAGAUCUGGAAUGAGAUCAGUAAUUAGACAGUUGGAAAGUGACCAAGAUGGAUCCAGAACAGACUUUUGGAGAACAUCUUCUACAUUGUACAUACAGAACAAGCUUUUGAAUAAUACCAAGUAAUAAUAUUAUUGAUCUAAGGAUAAAAUUAAUUAUGAUAGACUGUGUUCUGUAUGCAGGGUGAACACAGUGUUGUACAGAGCUGGGCGGCUGUUGCUACUGAUGUUCAGAGAAGAUGAUGAAGACGACAGCAUUGUAAGAUUGCUGUGAGGCAUUUUCAGCAUUAAAAAUUAAUAUUUAAACUUACGGAAGUUCGUACGAACCGUUUGUUUACAAGAUAAGCCCUUUGUUAUUUAACUGCACAGAAAUGACAAAGGCAGCAACCUGUAGUUAAGCAGUCUAGACUACACACAAACACACAAAAUCUGUCUAAAUGCGGCUUGGCAAGUAUUCAUGUAAACACAGCUCAGCGCAGAUGUCUGGGGGGAAAAAUUGGAUGCGCAUUAGUAUAUCGGAUCCGGGAAGUGACCGCAGCUGUCUGUGUCAAUGAUGUUAAUCAAACAACAACAGAAAAUUAGAGGAAUCACUCACUGCUGUUGAUUGAAUGGCUUUUGUAGCUUGGAAGCAGAGGUGCCCAAACCUAAGAAUUUAGCUCCAACCCUAAUCAAACACACCUGAGAAACCUGAUUUAUUACAUAAGGAGUCUGACAACAGUCAGCAUUCCAUACUGGUCUCAUCAUAAUCCAGUCUGUCUGGAAUGUCAUAAAGAAACGGAACAAACCGAGACUAAAUCCAGGUGAACUGUGGCAACGUCUCGAAAGAGACCCACCUGCAAAGCUACAGUGUAGGGCUGCACGAUUAUGACAAAAGUUUAAAAAUUAUUUCCUUGAAAUUCCUUGUAAUUGCGAUUAAUAAUUACGAUUAUCACAAUUUACAUUGAAUGAUGUUUUGAAUAGCUAUAUACCAGGGGUGGUGAGCGUCGGUCCUGGAGAGCCGCAGCACUCUAUAGUUUUGCUUCAACCUUAAUCAAAAGCACCUGAACAAGCUAAUCAAGGUCUGAAGGGUUACUAGAAAGCAACAGGCAGGUGGGUUUUAAUUAGGGUUGGAGCUGAACUCUGCAGGGCUGCGGCUCUCCAGGACCGGAGUUCCCCACCCCUGCUUUAUACCAUUGUUUGAAGCAACUGCAUGCCACAUGUUUAUAUUAUAUAGUUUCGUCUUUACAUAAAAAGAAAGUAAAACUGUAAGAUGUAAGAUAACCUGUAGGAAAAAUGCACACUUUCUCUCACUCUCUCUCUCACACCCACACACGUUUUAAGAAAGCAGAAUAAAGUAAGUGGAUUUCUUUGUGUGUGUGUGUGUGUGUGUGUGUGUGUGUGUGUGUGUGCCUUUGGAUGAUUACAUAAUUUUGGCAUCUGUAAUUGUAAUCACGCUUAGAAAUUCGAUUAAUUGUGCAGCCCUACUACAGUGCUAGGCGCUUGUGUAAAAAUACUGUAAAAUGAGGAUGCUGGCUGUUGUCAGACUCCUUGCGCAAACAAAAUCUCACUGGAGUAUUACAAUUAAUGGCAAAAUUAAUGUUUGAAAAACUUCCUACUGACACACUACAGCAAAAGAUAGAAAUAACUGACUUAAAACCAUUUUUAGCUGGUGAAAAUAUUAGUUUUCUAAUCAUUUUGGCCACCACUGUGUAUAAUUAUGGGCCACUCUACAGAACUGGUGCAAAGUCAGAGAUGAAAGUCAGUCUUUUUCCACAAAUUUUGUGUGUAUGCAAAUUGUAUAAUAUACAAGGUACAGUUAUAGUAACUAUUCAGUUAAUUCCCAUAUUGUUCUUUCAGAAAGUUUUGAAAUAUUUGUCCUUUCUUCAAAUUUGACACUACUGAAACACAGUAAUGUAUAAUUUUAAUAAGGGUUUUUGUUAUUUUAUUAAAAUGUUUACAGAGGUAAAUCCGUAACAUUUACAAUUUUAACAAUAUGUCAAGUGUGGUUUAUGAGUUUUGUUUUAUUUUGAAUCUAGUUUUUGUUUGUAAAAGUUUAUAAAAGUUGGUCAUACAGAUUUCAACCUUAAGUAUUCAUUAGUUUGAAUAUACACUGAACCAAACACCAUCAUAACAUCUUAGUUGAUAAUUUAGUUUUAAUAACUUAGUUGAUGUUUCGGUCGUGACUGCACAUUUUCAGUACUGACAGUUUUGUUUUGUUAGCGACCACCAUCACACUACAGAAUUUCAACUCGCAUACUAAAACACUACUAAAAUAUACUAAAAUACAAAAACAAUUGCAUCACUAUGCUAGAAUUGUUUAUUUUUUCCCAAAUAAAGGAUUAUGUGUUUGCUUUUGUCACUCCCGAAACGUUGACGUUUCGGUAGUGGUAAUUUUAGAUACUUUUAAACCUAGAUCAAAGAUGUUAAAGGGAUAGUUCACCAAAAAAUGAAAAUUUAAUGUUUAUCUGCUUACC